UUUUAGAGUUUGUCAAAAGAUUUUGGAGCAACGGAGUUGAUGCUUUUACGUGAAAAAGACCCAGAUUUUCUCAAAGAUUAUAGACUUGACCUAUCGAUUGAUGGAAAAUUAUACAACCUAGAUUUCCUUUUGAAUAUUCAAAUUCCAAAAUUAGCAACACAGUAAAACGCAAUUAUAAGAAGAAAGGAAGGGCAUUAUCGUCAAAGAACGCUCCGUCCUCCCGAAUUUUCUUCCGUCCCUCAAGGGCUCCUCUAGUCCUCUCACAUCCCACUAAUCAUCGUCGCUCUUAAUUUUUUGUCAACAAAAAAAGAAAUACAAUAAAAAUAAAUCCCUUUUACGGAGACAUCCCGUUUCUUUCUCCCCAAGAACCUUGUCAGGCGCGUGCUUUUCACGCUCUUUAACGGUCCCCUUCCCUCAAUCACUACUAUACACGCUUCUCCUCUCCUCCUCUCCUCCUUCAACUUUUCCCUCUCUCUUUCCGUUUCUCUCUCCAUUGAAAGGGUUUUAGCUUUCCCUUUCUCUCUUAUCUUAAACCCUUAUCUAGGGUUGUGACCGAUUCCAAAACCCCCAAUACAACUUCUUUUUCCACUAAUUUCGCCAUCCGUAAUAUGCAAUUUUCCAGCAAUCAACAAAUAUGAUUGACAAAACCAAUAAGCAGAUAAAGGGUUCAAUCAGUGAGGAAGAUAUCUCUACUCUUUUACAAAGGUAUACAGCAACUACUAUUUUGACACUGUUGCAAGAAGUGGCACAAUUUCCUGGUGUGAAGCUGAAUUGGAAUGCUUUAGUGAAGAAGACUUCUACUGGGAUUUCCAAUGCGAGAGAGUACCAGAUGUUAUGGCGCCAGUUGGCCUACCGCGACGCGUUGCUUGAAAAGUUGGAAGAUGGGGCUGAACCCUUGGAUGACGACAGUGACUUAGAAUAUGAAUUGGAACCUUGCCCUUCUGUUAGUAGUGAAGCUUCAGCAGAGGCUGCAGCAUGUGUGAAGGUACUGAUUGCUUCUGGUUUACCAAAUGACUCAAGUCUUGCAAGCAACUCAACGGUAGAGGCACCAUUAACAAUAAAUAUACCUAAUGAGCGGUCAUUUAGAGUGUCUUCAGAAAACUCACAGCCCACUUGCUCAAUGCAAGGGAUGAACAUAACUGUUCCAGUUUCUGUUCAGAAAAAGAUUCUGCCUGCAGUUACAUCGGUUGAAACAUUGGAAGGAAAUGGAUCAGCUGGUGCAAAACCGCCUGCUCGAAGGAAAAGAAAACCUUGGUCAGAAGCAGAGGAUAUGGAACUUAUUGCUGCUGUGCAGAAAUGUGGUGUUGGGAAUUGGGCAAACAUCUUGCGAGGAAACUUCAAGGGGGAAAGGAGUGCUUCACAGCUGGCUCAGAGGUGGACUACUAUUAAGAAGCGACUUGGCAACUUAAAUGUGGAAGGAAACUCAACUAUUCACCAACUUUCUGAGGCACAGUUGGCAACUCGAAGCGCUUUGUCCUUAGCCCUUGAUAUGCCAGAUAAAACCUUAACAGCAGCUUGUACAAAUAACCCUGGUUUGAAGAUCACAUCCAGUAACUCUGCACUUCCAACUAUUAGUGGUGAAGCUACAGUUCAAGCCCAAAGCCAGUUCCAACAAGGUCCCACUGCUUCAGUCCAAGCCCCAAAUCGGUCUCAGCAAGGUCCUAUCACUUCUGCCUCAUCCCAUAAUCAGCCUCAAAAAGGUCCAAUUCCUUCUGUCCCUGCCCAAAAUCCAUCUCAGCAUGGUCCUGUUGCUUCAGUUCAAGUCCCAAAUCAGUCUCAACAAUGUCCCAUGACUACAAAUGCCUCCCCGAGGGGAUCAUCAAGUUCUACUUUAAAAUCUCGGGUCACGUCAAAAAAACCACUGGCAAAAUCUUUUUCCGCUACAGGUUCAAUCUUAGAUGCCACUGCAGUUAAACCUCUCAUACCCGGUGGAACCUCUUCCCAUUUGGAGGUUCGUUCUAAUGUGCAAUAUGUUUGUACUGGCCAAACUGCUGAACCACUCUCUUCUCCUAUUGUUACAUCUUCUACCUUGCAUCCUGGUUCAGUAAAAUCUGCAGCGCAGAGAGUUGAGCACACUCCAUCUGCUUCUUCCUCAUCAUUAAAUGUGUCGAUUCAGCAGUCUAAUGCUGUUACAUCUAGUCCAACUACUGAAGGUCCUCCAAAGGAAGAGCUGGAGGCAGCAAUAGUGAUCAAGAGUUCUGUGUCAGACAGUUUGUCUAAAGAGCAGGUGAAAGAAAAUGGAGCAUGUGUGUCAAAAAAUGAACCAGGUGAGCUAGUUAUAGAACAUAAAGAAGCUGUGUUAAAUCCAGAAUAUGUGUUGAAGAAUCUUGAGGCUGUUGCUGAGUAUCCUAAUGAGAAAUUAAUGUCUGAGGGUGAUCAAGUAGAUGUCAAAGCAAACCUGGUUGAAGAGAGUGAAAAUACCGGUGAUAAGAAGAUUGAUUGUUCACUGGUUAAAAAAAGUGACAGUCAACCUACGGCUGAAGAGAGUUGGAGGAAUCAGAGCAUGAUUGAGACACCGGCUGAAGCCUCUUUAAAUGAUGGAUGUACCAUGAAUCUGGCGGUUUUGAGCACAGCAGAAACUGGCCAAGCUACAUAGUGAGACAUGGUAUCUUGUCUGUAGUAAUAUAUCUAUCUAUCUAUUAAUUGAGGUUUUGAUCCAUCUAUUUUAGGAAAAUAUAUUGUAGAUUUAUCUGGCAAAAGAACCUUGUGAAAAGAAAGAAAUUGGAUUCAACACUGUAAUUCCUUUUAUAGUUCUUGUAGAAGGGAACAGCGAAAAGUAGCUUUGAUUACACCUUUUUUCGUGACAAUAAUGUACACACUUUUCUAUGUCACUUGCAAUUUACAAUUCUUUCUAUUUUUCUAUUAUCAACUGCGAAGCCUGAAUCAUUAUCUACUGGACUGAUAAUAUGUACAAGAAAAAAGGCAUGCAUGUUUUUAAAAAGCAAUCGCUUUACUUCAAGAAGCAAGAAUUAGUUCAAGCUGAUAAUUCAUAAGUGGGAUUCAAUUCAAGUCUUUGCUAUAUUUUGCUUGAUUACUUCUCAUACAAGAAAUAUAAGAUCUAUCUUCUAUCUGGUUUUCCUAAGAAAGAAGGGCUUACAUCCACAACGAUUUGAUUCUUAUUAUGGAGGAAGCACACGAAAAUGGUUCUAUCAUUAUAUCGUUCCAGCCCGAGUUUUAAUCUGCGUUG